CGGGGAGACAUCAGCAUAAAACUGGACUCAUUUAGCUUCGGUGUAGUAUUACUUGAAUUAUUGACUGGUCUUAAGCCAUACGACGAGGACCGGGAGGCCAAGGAUUUAGUGUCAUAUAUUGAGGACUACAUAGAGGAUGAUGAUAGCGAUGUUGUCAAUAUGAUUCACGACAAAUCAAUCGGACAGUUGGAUCAGAGGAUUGGCCUUCAAUUAUACGCCAUUUCACGCAAAUGUAUUGAACAUUUCAAGAAAAACAGGCCCACAAUGACUGAGGUUUUGGAGUCUUUAGAAAGG